UAUAAUGUAUUACACUGUUAUUACACAUUAAUUAGAUCCAGCAUGCUCUCACCCACAUAUUAUAAUGCAGUAAAGAAAAGGUGGAAGAUGACCAGCACUUUACUGGAAGCCAAAAACUUGAAGUGGAAUCCCACAAACUCAGCAAUUUAUGAGAAGAAGAAAGACGUGUUCGUGGAGCCACGAAUGCCAUUGAUCUGUGGAAACACUCAGGAAGCUCAGAAGAACAUGGGCCCUUUAUCCACCCCUACGAAAGGCGCCGAUGCUCCUGCGGUCGAACCGUGGACUCCGACAUCCAACCUGAAGAUGCUGAUCAGUGCUGCGAGUCCAGAGAUACGGAACAGAGAAAAAGAAAAGACCAUUGCUGAGGAAACUGAGAUCUCCUCCCAGGUUGACACUGAACAUAGUGAGGAAUCUGAGAAGCUGCAGAUGAGCAGGAAAGAUAAAAGUCUUGGUUUGCUGUGCCACAAAUUUCUGGCUCGGUAUCCAGAUUACCCAAUUCCAGCCGUAAAUAAUGACAUCUGCCUCGACGAUGUUGCUACUGAACUGAAUGUUGAACGGCGCCGUAUUUACGACAUCAUGAACGUCCUAGAGAGCCUAAACAUGGUCAGCCGACUGGCUAAAAACCGGUACACGUGGCACGGGCGUGCCCAGUUGGAACGAACACUUGCAUCCCUGCAGAGAGAGGGAGAGAAGUUACAGUACAGCCAGCAGAUUCAGCAGAUCCGACAGAGGAACAUGGAGGAGAUGCUGGAGACGGAAGGAGAGGAAAAAGAAAACGAGGAGCUGGAUGGAGACGUCACGCCCAGAGAGUCGAACUUUGCCGCUGAUGUAAAAGGGGCGAGCCGUAAGGACAAAUCUCUUCGGGUCAUGAGUCAGAAGUUCGUUAUGCUGUUCCUGGUGUCAAGUCCGCGAGUUGUUAGUCUGGAGGUCGCUGCUAAAAUCCUGAUCGGAGAAGAUCAAGUGGUGGAUCAGGAUAAAAGCAAGUUUAAGACCAAGAUUCGUCGUCUGUAUGAUAUUGCGAACGUUCUCAGUAGUUUAGAGCUCAUUAAGAAGGUUCAUGUGACGGAGGAACGAGGGAGAAAACCUGCAUUUGAAUGGACCGGGCCGGAGAACCUGCCCUCUCCACAGGGUUUGAACGUUGACACGGCGGUUCCCCCUCAGCCCCUCAAAUCGCGCUCGUCUUUGGACAACUGCACUAAAAACCUGUUCUGCCCGCCCGGCACUAAACGAGGAUUCACCCGGCAUCACUCGCUCGUGAAGCUCGCCAAAAGUAUUCAGGACGAUCGCAGAAAGAUCAGCUCUGCCCCGUCCAGCCCUGUUAAAAUCUCCAGUGAAGCUGUGAACGGAAGUUUCUAUUCCAGUAAAAUGGACCACCUUGCUGCCAUCUGUAAAAUGCAACUGGACCAGCAGGACGUGGGGGUACAGAAGCGUGACCUUGGGAGAGCUACGGACUUUCAGCAGAAGAGCGCUGUGAUGUCACCUAUUACCCCAACUAUAGUGUCAGGGGCAGAAGUUAGCCCCCACCCUGUGCAGUUGUCCUUUGCGCCUUCUCCCUGCUGCUCACUCGUACCUGUGCUGCUUCCUCACACCUUGUAUGUCGGCCAUGCCCCCGUCAGGACACGCACGGUCUCCAGACCCACGCCCUCCAGCGCCGCUGUGCGCUCCAUGACCUUUGAAAGCCCCAGAGGAGCAAACGUAAGGCCGUUACCAGUCACCACAGCAGCAACCAGUCAGUGCCAAGACUUAACAAGUCCACCUCUGAAGCGUGCAUGUGUGGAAGCAGCAGAGGGAAGUCCCAGUAAAAUAAAACGCACCGAGACCAACUCAAAGAGCACCUCCCCGAAGCUAUGUGAGAUCCUGCAGGCGCGUCUGAAAACCCGCAGAGGAGCGCCGAGCUCCAGCCGUGCCUCCGCCAGAGCCCUGCACCUGGACCCCGAAUUCAACCAAACACCCCAAAACAAACCGGGAGCUGUGGAACCCAGCAUGGACCUGCAGCACUUCCUGGAGAAAGAGGAACAUGAAGAGAGCACGCAGAACACGCCAGCACCUAUUUUACAGAUACAUCAGAGGAACAGUCCGACAGUGCAGGAUUUACCCGCACAUACACACACAGAGACUCUGAUCCCCACAGGUUAUCUGAUUCCAAUAUCCCAGCAGCCCCUGCUAGGCUUUAAAGAAACGCUGAGUUCCAGCAGAGAAUCGAAUAAAUCCUCAACAUCGACCCCAACCUACAUCUACCACACACCCACCGCAGGUACGAGAGCUCUACCCCCUCAGGAGUUCACCCCAUCCCCCCUGCCCAUCCAUCGGCUCAGCCCCAACCCCUCCAUCCUAAACUUCACCCUGCAGAACCUCGCCCUGAUACACAACACACACUGCGGCACCACGCCCGAGCAGCUGAGCACCAGUCCCUCUACACACACUCACACACACGCGCCGCUCCAACCACACGGCAUGAUCUUCAUCAAGCCUGUAUCUCCGCUUACACUCAUCAGCCUGCAGCAGCCAAUCCUGACCACGCCCAAAGCUGGCUCCGCCCCUCUGCACAGUUUCUUCCAUACUCCAGUCUCUGCCCAAUCCACUGUGACCACGCCCACCACUACCAAGACCUUGUACAUUCCUCAGAGAAAACUGGAAGUGAGCUCAGAGGAGCACUGAGAGAAUCCUGGACUGAGAAUAUCAGUCAACAAAUCGUUUACUUCAGAACGUGUGUGUGUGUAUCUGUGUGAGUGUAUGUGCAUGUGUCUGUGUGUGUGUGUGUGUGUGUGUGUAGUAACUCACAUUAGCAUUCUCUUUGAUUUCUGUAUAAAUCCUCAGUACUGUAUGAGUGAUUGUAAACAGAAUGUCUGUGAUGAUUAAUGGUCCCAAUUUGAGGAUAAUCAAAUAUAGGAAAUGAACGUGUGUGUGCGCGACACCAUGAAUAUGGUGCUAAUUAUAUUCUAAAUUAAAAUGUUUAGGUGCUAAAAUUGUUUAUAAAUGAAUAAGUAUUAAAGAUGCACUAAUAAAAUGAUUGUACUGUAA